AAAAUUUAACUGGCUACAUGGUUAAAAUGAGUGUUUCGUCAGUGCCGUCCGCAGGGUCUAGUGCUCGAAGUACUCCUGUACCGACGCAGAAUUCACCGGGGCCAGGACCGUACAAACCGAUUACUCCCAGUCAGUAUGGAGCAUCUAUUGGUAAACAGAGUGACGAGGAACUCCGAAGAAAGGGAGUAGAGGAUCUCUUGCGCAUGGUGCGACGUCUUGAGUCGGAAAACAGGUCAAUCAUUGCAGAACACAGUGGUAUCAUCAAGGACGUAAAUCGACGUAUUCAGGUUUACAAUCUGGAAAUGAGGGGUUUGAAAGAUAUAAACCAGAAGUUACAGGAUGACAAUCAAGAACUGAGAGACUUGUGUUGCUUUCUGGAUGAUGACAGGCAAAGAAGCAGAAAGUUGGCUCGUGAGUGGCAGCGUUUUGGUCGAUACACUGCUUCAGUCAUGAGAAGUGAAGUGUCCGCUUACCAAGAUAAACUGAAAGCUCUGGAAAGCAAACAGGAUGAACUUAUCUCGGAGAACAUGGAGCUUAAAGAGCUUUGUUUGUAUCUUGAUCAGGAACGUGUUCAUUUUACCCAGACAAGAGAUGAUGGGGAUGGUAGCAGUAAUAGUACAACAGCUGGGAAUGAAGAAAGUGUACAGUCACCUCAGAUUCCUGAUGUAGCUGUUACCAAUGAAUUGAACAGGAGAGAUUCAGGUCAAGGUUACAUACAGCAGUUAGAGACUCAAGUUAAACAGCUGGAAAAAGAGAAAUCAGUUUUACAGAAGACGGCUCAAAGAUUUCCAAGUUCAACCAAUGAUAAACAGUCACAGAGUCCUCCCUCUCACCAACAACUCCGAGGUUCUCCAGUCAAACCAGUGCAGAGCCUUUUUCCCACUGAACAAAGAGGCACACCAGUGGGGAAAAAUGGUGGGGACCAGAAUUCCUCCACCCCGAGUACCCCCAGCACUCUGGCAGAGACCCCUUCUAAACCAGAGGCUGUUGUACAUGCUAUGAAGGUGUUGGAAGUCCAUGAACAGUUAGAACGCCCUAAGACGGAGGUUGGUGGUGAAAAUCUAGAUGAUAAAGAAAAGGCCAUUGUCAGAGAAAUGUGCAAUGUUGUAUGGAGGAAACUAGGGGACACUGGAUCUGAAAGAAGAACCCCACACCCUGUCUACGAGAAUAUUCCCCCACCCCCACCACCAUUACCCCCUCCACAUAGGCAACCUACCCAGACCCAAAUGGGUGACACCAGAAAGCCCCCAUCAUCUUUAAAUGUUCCCAAUCAUGACUACCAACAGAAUAAUUCCCAGAAUUACCUCCCUUCUCAAACAUCACCACAAUACAAUGCACCAUCAGAUUCAUUUGGUCAUUCUACACAGGCCUCUACUCCUGGGGGCCCCAUUCUUCAAUGCAAUACUACAGUCCCACAUCCUGGGUCUUCCCAUACAGUGCAUUCUCACAACUUGCCCCACUACCAGCAGUAUAGAUCUCCACCUCCCCACUACCCAAAUGAGAGACCUCCAACAUCUGUGUCCUCCUAUGAUAGUGACCAUAGCUCCUAUCACUCAAGGUCUUAUGACAGGCCACACCUACCCUCUAAUUACUACAGUGAUAGACAAGGGAACAAAAGCCAGCAUGACCAAUCACAUGCACAAUAUCAGCAUAGGGCAAGUUCACAAUCAGAUCUGGUACCACCCCCUUCUCCAAGACAGCCUUACAAGAAACAUUACUCCAGUUCAGAUGUCAGAGGGAGAGAUCAAAGAGGGGGUCAAAUUCCAGCACAGGAGGCAUAUAAUUAUAACCAAGAACUGAAGGAUAGAGGAAGACCUAGAGAGGGCAGUGCUUCGCGUGAGGUGAGGGAAGGUAGCUAUUCACGAGAGCAAAGUGUCUCUGAGAAAGGUGAUCCUAGGUUGAAGAGGGAUUCUCGUACUCCUGAUCCUUGGGAUUUCAGGAAUCCAAGACAUGAGGCUAUUUCUAAAACCAGUAAAGGGACUUAUCACUGAAAAGUCAUUUUUCUUUUUCUUUUAGGGGACAUUUUCCUUGAAUUUGCAAUUUAUUGCA